AUGAUCAGGACACUUGCGAGAAGUCGCCUUUCCAAACCUCUCUUUGUGAAGAUGCCUGUUAUCGAUCCCCCAAGACAACUGUCUUCAACCAGCACCCGAAAAGGUGAUCUUUUCAAAUAUCAAGCUGAAUUACCAUCGUUGCCUGUUCCAGAUUUGCAACACACGAAAGAUCUUUAUUUGCGCUCUAUUGCCCCACUCUACCCCGGUGGUACUGAAGAUGCUGCCUAUGUGAAGUAUGCCGAGAAGGUGAAUGAUUUCUUCAAACAAGACGGAGAUGCCACUAAUCUUCAGCUACGUUUACAAAAUUUGGCCUCUGGAGAACGUAAUUGGCUCUCCACAUGGUGGAACAAUUAUGCCUACCUGGAAUAUCGCGACCCUGUCUCGCCCUUCGUUUCCUACUUCUUUAGUCAUAGAGACGUGAAUUCGGAGAUUUGCAAGGACCAGCUGCUGAAAGCGGCUGCUUUGACCUCUGAAAUCGUGAAGUUUAGAGAGAAGAUCGAAACGGAAACCUUGGCUCCGGAAUUAGUCAGGGGAAAGCCUUUUUGUAUGGAGAGCUUCAAGUGGAUGUUCAACAAUUCGAGAAUCCCACUUCCACAAAGAGACGGAAGCGUCAAAUUUGACUCAUCUGAGCACAGAUAUCUGACUGUUCUAUGUCAGGACAGAAUCUACAAGGUUUAUCACCACGACGUUGAAGGAAAUGUGCUCAGUCCAGCCGAGAUUCACCAUCAACUUUACGAGGUUCUGAUCGAUGCUAGAUCCAAGCCAAAAGUUGUUUCUCCACUGGGAAUUCUGACCUCUGCAAACAGAGACGUUUGGGCCACUGCAUACGCUGAAUUGCAGAAAUCGCCUGUCAAUUUAGCAUCUUUAGAAACUAUCCAUGCUUCUUCGUUUGUGCUUUGCCUAGAUGACAAUGUUCCUGUCACCAUUGUUGAAAAGUCUAGAAACGCCUGGCAUGGAAAUGGCACCAACAGAUGGUUUGACAAACCUGUGGAGAUUUUUGUUGCUCGGAACGGUAGCUCCGGUUUCUUGGGGGAGCAUUCCCUCAUGGAUGGAACUCCUACUCUGAGUAUGAACGACCAUGUUGCUUCUACCGUCGCAAAGAUGAAGCUUGAAGAGUUCGGCGGUGAAUCCCAAGGCCGUGUGCAACACUGGGAGGAGUUGAACUUCGACAUCACUCCAGCAACCCAGACAUCUAUUACAGCUCAAGUUUCUGAAUUCCACAAAACCGUGAAUGGACUGGACAUCAACGUGUGGCAAUAUCCUGGGUUGGGAAAGAGUCUCAUCAAACAGUUCAAAUGCUCCCCCGAUGCUUUCAUCCAAAUGUUGAUUCAGUUGGCCUACUACAAGAUGACGGGAAUCUCAAGACCAACCUACGAAAGUGCUUCCACUCGCAGGUUCUUUGGGGGUAGAACCGAAGCAUGUCGUUCUGUAUCCCUGGAAUCUCUUGAAUUCGUCAGAGCAUGGGAAGACCCUUCCAUUCCCGCUUCGGUAAAGGUCGCUAAAUUCAGAGCUGCUGUCGACAGUCACGUCUCGUAUAUCACCCAGGCUUCUAAUGGUCAAGGUGUCGAUCGUCAUCUUUUUGGUCUGAAACAGCUCUACCAGCCGGGUGAGUCAAUCCAUGAGAUAUUCACUGAUCCAAUGUACUCCUACUCCUCCCAUUGGUACCUCUCCACGUCCCAACUGUCUUCUGAGUGGUUCAACGGAUACGGAUGGUCUCCAGUUGUUCCGGACGGAUUUGGUUUGGCUUACAUGCUGAACAACGAGUGGAUGCAUGUGAACAUCACCGUCUUCAAAGACAACAGCUUGGGGCUGAGAGCUGAUGCUAUGGCCUACUAUCUGUCGCGCGCGGCGGAUGAGCUUAAAGAGCUGUUGUCCAAGGAAAUUCCAAUCAAGGCCAAACUUUAG